AUGUCUGCAUCUUCGGAGGCCACUGAACCGGCAGCUACCGUAAAAGAUUUCGUGAAGAUACCACUCUUUCUGAUAAGUCUCAAUGGUGAAAAACUAUUCAAAUGGACACCAGAUGAGCCACCAUCCCGACGACAGAAGAUAUUUCUUCGCACCUUCAGUACGAUUGUGACAUUCAAUUUCUCUAGCAUGAUACUCUUCCUCAUCUACGAUCGCUUGGAGAGUGCUUUAGAUUACACUGCGCUCACCAUCUAUUGGGGAUUUGGACUCAAUUCUUUGAUGAAAGGUGGCACAUUGUGGCUCGGUCGUCAUGAACUGGAAUUCAUAAUCAAAGGCUUAAUGGCAAGGCAUCCGAAGACGAGAGAGCAACGUCAUGCCUAUCGAUUGCUGCCUUAUUAUAAGAAAAUAACUGCCUACAACAAAUAUUUGACACUCUGGCAUCUCGGUACGACAACUCUCUUCAAUUUGCAUCCAAUCGCCUCAUCGGCUGUGGAGUACUUAUGGCGGGAGGAUAAGGAGCAGGGAUUCAAUUAUAGGUUUCCCUUCAUGAUGUGGUAUUUUUAUAAUGAGGAGAAACCCAUUCCUUACUUAUUUUCGUAUACACUACAAUGCUUUGGUUCAUAUUACAUGUCCUAUUUAUUUUUGGGUGGCGAUUUACUACUCAUUACUCUCGUACACUUGGUCAAUAUGCAUUUCGAUUAUUUGGGUAGACAUAUUGAGCAAUUUCAGCCAAGUGGUACAGACGAGGAUAUAAAAGAACUGGGGCCUUUGCUGGGGUAUCAUCAUGAGAUAUUGGACUACGCCGAGCGCAUAGACUCCACCUUUAGUCUGUCCAUUCUUCUGAACUAUAUGGGCACCUGUGUGGUACUUUGUCUCAUUGGACUGCAACUGGUUGCCGGCACAGAAUUCUUAAGCGUUGUAAAAUUUCUAGCUUUUCUCAUCGCAACUAUGGUGCACGUUUACUUCAUCUCCUACUUUGGCAACAAUCUCAUUGAUUUGAGUUCUGGCAUAAGUGAUGCAUUUUACAAUCAUGCCUGGUACAAAGCAAACUACAAAUAUAUGCGUAUGUUGGUACUGCCCAUAGCACGCGCUCAGCGUUAUGCACAUUUGACGGCUUUUCAAUUCUUUGAGAUCUCAAUGGAUAGCUUCAAAUCGCUCUGUACCACUUCGUAUCAAUUCUUCACUCUCCUGCAGACUAGUUUGGUUGAAGAGGUU